UAGCCUCACUGUUUGAGUGGAUAUCUGCUUGAUAAAUAAAGUGGCGUACAAUUUCAAUAUUGCUAGUCAUAAAUCAAGCACAAAUAGUUGAUAGCUCUAAUAGUGAUGAAAUUUGGAGACCUGGACACUGAAUUUAUUCUUUUUGGGUUGGGUAGGACAGAUUUGUAUUUAAUAAAGAUUUGUACUAUUUCAUUCUGAUAAUUUCGUUAUCUUGAGCAAAAAAAUAAUUAUUAGACAGUAUAUUUCCCAUGUAUUCGUAUUACUCCAAACCAUGCAUCAAAUCAAUAAAUUCAGGUUUGUUUCAAAUAGCACAAAAAUUGUUUCACGUAAAUAACGAGGCAAUCGUCCCAAACCUUUAUUUUAUAAUAUUUACCUAUUUGCCGGGGGCCCCCGACCAAUAGCACUUAUCAUAAAUACAUGGAAAAAUGUAGUUAAUCCAUGUGAUCGGUAAAAGUCGAUCUCACUCGUAGAUGAUCAGUAUCGGAAUCGGCAUCAUAAAACCCUGAUCCGAGCUUCUUUUUGUUGUUUACUUUACUUUGAAGGGCACCGGAAAAAGUUUUACUUCUUCCACUUCCGAUGACACAGGGAAGUUGCAGAGAAGAAGUGUUUAAAAACAACAACAAAGUGCAGCCCGUGGCUGCUAGUCAGUGAAAAAAAAUAAAAGAAAUUACAAUAAUAUUACAAAUUACUUUUGAAGAUGGAAUCGUCAAUAGUAGAGCUGGACGGCAGCGUGAUGGAGGGUGGCGGACAAAUCCUGAGAGUGUCGGCGGCCCUCAGCUGCAUUACCGGCUCUUCCAUUAAAGUCUCAAAAAUCCGAGCCGGGAGAAGCACACCGGGACUCAGGCCUCAGCAUCUGAGUGGACUGCAGCUUGUUUCAGACUUGUGUUCUGGCGUCCUCCAGGGCGGCACUAUCGGCUCCACCGACAUCAGUCUGACUCCAGGAAAGAUUCUUUCUGGAAGUUACACGGCAGACACACACACAGCAGGGAGCGUGUGUCUGUUGUUACAGGUUGUUUUGCCGUGCGCUGUGUACACUGACGCUGCAUCACAGUUCUGCCUUAGAGGAGGAACCAACGCAGAGAUGGCUCCACAAAUCGACUACACUGUGAAGGUUUUCAAACCCAUUGUGGAAAAGUUUGGUGUCCAUUUUGACUGUGACAUCAGAAUGAGAGGCUUCUACCCAAAAGGAGGGGGCGAGGUCACAGUAUCUGUGAGUCCAGUCAAAGAGUUGCAGGCCAUCACCAUGUUGGACAGAGGCAAUAUCACCAAGAUUCAUGGCAGAGCGUUCGUUGCUGGCGUGCUGCCAUUCAAGCUGGCCAAAGACAUGUCUACCGCUGCAGUCCGUACAAUUCGAAAAGAAAUCAAAGAGCUGUACAUCAACAUUCAGGCACUGCAGGAGAAAGACAAGGCUUGUGGCAACGGCAAUGGCAUCAUAAUCAUAGCAGAAUCAUCUACAGGAUGUUUGUUUGCGGGGUCAGCUCUGGGCAAGAAAGGUGUCUAUGCAGACAAAGUUGGCAUUGAGGCUGCAGAGAUGUUGCUUCGGAACAUCCGGCACAACGGCUGCGUGGAUGAGUUCCUUCAGGACCAGCUCAUCAUCUUCAUGGCACUGGCAAAAGGAACAUCUCGGAUUCGAACGGGCGCCGUGACACUCCACACGCAGACGGCCAUCCAUGUUGCGGAGCAGCUGACACAGGCCAAGUUCAGAAUAACAAAAUGUGAGGAUGAAGUGAACAACACCACCUACAUCAUUGAGUGUCAGGGGUCAGGGGUUAGCAACCCCAAUCUGUAAACACACAAUAUUCAGGAAGUGCUCCAACAUGGCCGAACGUCUCAGGUUUUUUUGUUUUUUGCUUGACCGCUGUAAUGAUCAAAAAUAAAUGUGAAUAAACAUUGUCUGGCUGUGC